AUGAUUUACAACAUCCUCAAUUUGAACAAUAUAAACUCAGUCCAGGUGCAUCUAACCAAGGGGUCUACACUCUCUCGUUCAGAGUCAAAACCCCAACCUAAGAGGCAGCGUGGAGCACCAACUAAUGAAAUUAGCUUUUCUGAUAAUGAUCACGCAAGGUUUACUUUUCCCCAUAGUGAUGCCCUAGUUAUAGACUUGAGGGUAAAUAGGUACUCUAUCGAACAAAUCCUCAUCAAUCAAGGGAGCAACUAUGAAAUCAUGUACUACAAAACCUUUCUCAAGCUCGGCCUGAAGGAUGGGGAUCUCAAACCAGCAGAUUACCCCCUAUUUGACUUUAAUGCCAAUCUUGAGUACCCUCUUGGCAACAUUGUGUUGCCCAUCCGUGCCAGCACCAAGACACUAGAUGUGAAAUUCCUAGUUGUCAAGCUCUCAUCUUCUUACAACAUAAUUAUGGGCCGAAUGCGGCUUCACACGAUGAAGGUUGUGCUGAGCACAAACCAUCAGCUUUUGCAGUUCCCUACCGAGCAUGACAUUGAGCAAAUUCGGGAUCUCAAAAAUCAAUGA